GAGUUGCGGCCGCUGGAGGCGCGGGGGGCGCGCGGGGGGCGGGGGGGCGCCGCAGUCGCCAGUGCGCACCGUGCCGUCCGACCACGCACCACGCGCCCGCGCUGCGCCCGUCCGAGCCUGGCCCACAUAGUAAACACAAACAUACACCGUUGUUGCUACAUUCACCGGCGAACCGGUUGCUGUGACUACCAUUUUGGAUUCAAAAAGUGAUACUUAUUCAAAUCAGAGUGUUGAUCGUGCCACUGGAAUAGUGACUUAUAUUUAAAUAUAUUUUUUAAGUUGUUAAAAGUGUUCAGUACCCAUGAUAAAGUGAGAACAGUGAUUGGAUUGAAUACAUGGAUGGCAUUAUGUCUGGAUAAGAACGCUACAACAACGGGGAUUUUAAUUGAGAACGGAGUGAAUAGGAGAUGGCGCGUGUGACAAGGACAAGACACUAAAACAAGAUGGCCGUCGCUCGCGCGGUCCUCCUCUUGCUUGCGUCCGCGGCUCAGGCCUGGAUGCCCGACUCCAAUGCACGCAUCCACAUCAAAUUUGGUGAAGAGUCAUCGGAGCAGUUCGUCGGAAAUGCGACAGCGACGGAUCACUUCCGUAUAUUGGACAAAGAUGACUUCUCAAUCAUCGUCGGUGGAAGAAAUAUGGUGUACAACCUCAGCCUCUACGACUUGUCGGAGAAUAUAGAUCAGCGACUGGAGUGGCCAUCAACAGACGCGCACCGCGAGCUGUGCCAGCUGAAGGGCAAGUCGGCGGACGAGUGCCAGAACUACCCGCGCGUGGCGGCGCGCUCCAACGGCCGCCUGCUGGUCUGCGGGACCAACGCCUUCAAGCCGCUCUGCCGCUGGUACGCGCGCCACUCGCCCAAACACCACAUCGAGGAGUUCGAGGGCAGCGGCAGAUGUCCCUUCGACCCGCAACACAAUUCCACCGCUAUAUUUGCAGAUGGACAGUUAUACACGGCGACCACCGCAGACUUUUCUGGGACAGAUCCGCUGAUAUACCGCGACCCGGUGCGGACGGAGCGCUAUGAGCUGCGGCUCCUGAACGACCCCUCGUUCGUGGGAUCCGUCGCCUCCACCACACAUGCGUACUUCUUCUACAGGGAAACUGCAGUUGAAUACAUGAAUUGUGGCAAGGCUGUGUAUUCACGAGUAGCAAGAGUUUGCCUAAACGACAAGGGUGGACCGCACACAUUCAACACCUAUGUUGACCGAUGGACUUCAUUUUUGAAAGCGCGACUGAAUUGUUCCAUUCCAGGAGAAUACCCAUUUUACUUUGAUGAAAUCCAGGCAACGACUGAACUUAUAAACGGAAUUUACGGAAGUGGCGGCAGCAGGAACGAUAUAAUUUACGCAGUAUUCACGACUCCUCAGAAUGCCAUCGGAGGGUCGGCUGUGUGUGCAUUCGCUAUGAGAGAUCUAAUAGAGGCUUUUGAGGGCCCCUUCAAGGGACAAGAGAGUAUGAACUCAAACUGGCUUCCAUUAGAAAAGACGCCCACUCCAAGGCCUGGCUCCUGCGUUGAAGACAGCAGGACGCUAUCAGAUUCAUCUGUAAACUUUAUCAGGACGUACCCUCUAAUGGACAAAGCAGUGCCAUCAUUUUUGGCACGACCCCUCCUUUUAAGAGUGAGUCUGCAGUACCGAUUUUCUGCCAUCGCUGUUCACCCUCAAGUUCAAUCAAUGAACGGUGAAAGAUACGACGUCAUUUACGUAGGAACUGAUGACGGAAGAGUUAUCAAAGCAAUCAAUGUAGCUGCCAACGAAGGAGUGUUCGACGCGAGUGUGGAUGAGUACAGCCGCAGCCCCGUGAGGACUGUAGUUAUAUCCGAGGUGCAAGUGUUGCCGCAAGGGACGCCCAUCAAGCAGAUGCAGGUGGCUCUCACCACGGAGAAGCUCAUCGUAGCUUCCGGAGACAUCAUCAAGGCUAUCUCACUGUCACACUGCGGGAACGCGCUGUCAUGCAGAGAAUGUGUUAGUUUACAAGACCCUCACUGCGCGUGGGACUCCAAGCAGCAGCAGUGUGCUUGGGUAGGAAAUAGGCAAUUUCCGAAUCCAGAGAGAUUCCUACAAAAUAUAGAGUUUGGAAAGACUGAAAUAUGUAAUAAGCUGCCAGCCCUCUUGCCUGGUGAUCGUCAUAGUAAUAGAAGUCCGGGUACGAAAAAACCCUCCUUAUCUGAGGGCGAAGACCGUCAGAAAAACGACGAUAUACAAAAUGAAAUUGUGAUACAAGUCGUCGAGACGAAUGUUUUGACUGAAGAGAAGAAUGAUCAACAUGAAACAGAUCUUCUAACAGUGGCAGCAGCUGACGGCAACAUCUACACGGCGCAGGCUCUGCUCACAGCCGUGGUGGCCUCCUGCCUCGUCACGCUGAUGGUGGGCUUCGUCAUCGGGUACCUCUUCUCGAGGCGAUUUCGACACCCAUUUUUUACCGAUACCUCACCCUUCAAUGAACAACACAAUCAUCUAAAUAGACUGAGUCCGCUGGAGACGCCUCUGAACGCCAACUCGGGCUACCUGCCGCCGCGGUCCAAGAACGUGAACAUGGUGGCCAACGUGUGCCCCAUGGCCAAGCCCGACAACCUGCACCUCGAGCUCGGCAAGGAGCGCGCGCUCGACCGACGCAACUCCACCGAAUCCCUAGACAAGGACCUCAAAUGCGGCACCUUGCAAAAAGUGAAAAAGACUUACAUUUGAAAAUUACCCCCACAGACGGUUUACGGGUCCAUUUCUAAGUGAUAGAGACUGCAGUGCGGUGUGUGCCAAGUCUUCCGGCGGUAGUCCACGACCUAGUGAUAAGACUGUUUGUUUAGUGUCUGCCGUGGAAGGGCGAGGUUCGUUGCGUGUAAAUACUGUUUCCACAUUGUACAGAACGAAUGAUAGACUCGUAAGACAAUUAUUAUAAAUUAUUCUUUACAUCAUGUAAAGUUGCAUUUAAAUGUUGAAUCAUUUAUUGUCUAUUACAUAGUUAGAUAAAUGCUGGAGAUAGUGUGGGUAUUUAAUACUCUCGUUUGGGAGUAUUUAUUGUGUUGCAGACGUAGAUAUUGACAUUUAGAAGUUAAAAUUGUUGUAGAACUUGUACUUGUUAACACUGGACUUGAGCAUUGAAUACCCAUUAGAAACAUUCCAUAAUAUAUAGUAGUUAUAACAAAUGAGCAGCUAUUGUAAAUAAUAUAAAGCAAUUUGUAUAUAAGGAAGUUAAACAGACGAUCCGGUGAUCCCAAUAGGAUCCUGGCAUCAGUUGGAUGAAUGUCAAACUGGGGACAAACGCACCAAUAUGUUAAAAUACCUACAUAUUCGUCUUUCGUGUUAACAUAAAUAUAGUUUCAUAAAAUUGUUACAAGAAAAAAUAAGAGAAUUUAGUUCGGAGUUAUAGCAUAAAUGCUGUGCUGAAAGCAUAGUGCCUUGUAGGUUGCCAAUUUAGUGCCUAACAAUGUAGGAUACAACAAAAUGUUAUGUAUAACGUAAAUAGAUGAAUAUUAUUGUAUACUUUGUCGAGUUUAAUAUUUCAUCUAAAAUUGUUACUCAGCCGUAUGAUCCUUUGUACAUAAUUAGAUGUAAAGUAAUUAUAUUGAAAGUUUGGAUGCUCAUUGCUAUCGUUUAAUAGCUUCUUUAUGAAACUCUAAUUUAAUAAGAAUUUAAGUAUUCUUCAGUCAGUUUGAGGCACUAUCAUAUCUCAUGAUUAAAUAAUAACGUAUAAAUAAUAGAUAUAAAUUUAUCAAGAACAAACCACCCAGAGCGACAACUAGCUAGUGUUCCCACCGUGAUUGAAUCAAAGUCGUUUUAGUUAAGCAGUUCGCGUCUGCUACUGUAAAUAAUAUCAAAUAUUAGGAAAUAAAGCUAUUAAAGUAUUAAAGAAAUUAAAUCAACUUUUUUAAAGAUUGCUUUUUAUUUUUUGACUACUGAGGCAUUUUAGCUGGUAGAACUUUAAUUUUAAAGUAUCUUUUUUUUAUACUAUUAUUACAAAAUAUUUAUACAUCCUGCCGAACUUAUUGUUUCAAUUUCUACAUUGUGUAAUAAAAAAUCUCUACAAAUUGAAUAAUGUCUGAAUUGUGGAGAAAAUAAAAGUAUUAUAUAAAUA